AUGAAAAGGCUACACACAAGGUCUUCGUCGUCUUUGAACACUGCAUCAUCAUCAUUGGGUACACCCUCAGCCAACACACGAUCCUCUUUGAAUGGUAUCAUUUCUGUUCAGAGAAUCAAAAACACUGCACAAGGAAAUCCGUUUAUCGACGAAGAGGAAGAUUUAAAAUUUCAUAAUUAUUCGGAACGUAAAUUAAAGCAACCGAUAGGACAAACAAUCAUGGAAUUGGCAAAUUCAAAAUCAAACUCUUCUAUGAAUAAUACAAGCACAUCUUCAAGGAAAUCUCAAAUGAAUGGAUCCAAUACUGCUGCAAUUCCAUCAUCAAGUGUCCAAUCCAAUACAGAUUCCUCAAAACCAUUCAAAACUAAAGAAGAGUUGAUUUUGGAGGAAGAGUACAUUAGAAAUUUACAACAACAAAUUAAUUUACUUUCUACAGAGUUGGAUAUGCAAAAGAAAGUAAAUCAAGAACGAGAACGAAAAAUGGCUGAAAAAACAGAGGUCUUGGAAGAUCCAAUUCUCACCCUAAAGAAAAAGUUUGCAGAAAAAGAUGAGAUUAAUCAUCAUUACAUUGAAAAGUUUCAACAAGAAAUUGCAGAUCGUGAGAAUACCAUUGUCAAGCUAAAAGAAAAAUACAAGAAAUGGAAAAACAAAAACAUUCAAGAGCGAGAAACUGCAAAACAAGAAAUAAGGAAUAUCCAUGAAAAAUAUGUGCCAGAAGUGAUCAAACUCGAAAAGCAGGUGGAUAUGCUUCAAUUACGUCUCAAGCAAGAACAAGAUGAAAAUGAGAGGAAGAAUGAGGAUGUCAAACAAUUCUUGAAAGAGAUUGGAGAAAUUACCAAGCAACUGGAUUUUCUCAAAAUGCAAAAAGAUCAAGCAGAGAAGCAAUUGCAGCCUCUCAUGGAUGAAUUAUCUCAAGUGAAAAAGGAGCUCUUGAGCUACAAUACAAAUCGUGACAAGGACAAGAACGAGAUCGAAUCGCUGAAAGGAAGACUUGCUAAAUACGAAAAAGAGUGGGAAGACGCCGUCCAUAAUUUGAAGAAAAAAGAAUUAGAAACAAAACAACUGGAGCUAGACAAGGAAUUGUUGUGUGCUGAGAGAGACAAGGUGAAAGAACAAGUUGUGAAUCUGAAUCAAAAGAAUAACCAACUCGACACGGAAAUUACCAAACUACAAACGAAACUGAACGAGACUCAAUGGGAUUUGACGCGUUUAAAAGUCAAUUACGAAAACAUUUUAAAAGAAAAAACGAGGCAGGAGAAAGACAACGAAAGAGCACAAACUGAAUUUAGAGAUAACCAAAUUAAGUAUGAAGAGAUGAAACGACAGUAUAAGGAAUUGCAAAACAAACUUCAAAGCAAAGAAGAGGAGUUGAAAUCAUUCCUACACACCCAAUUCAACGCUCUUAAGCUCAAAAAUGAGAAUUUAGAAAACACGCUUAGAGACCUUUCGAACCAAAACGAGAUGCUUCGAAAUGAAAACAGAAAACUCACCCAAGAGAAUGAGAAAUUGUCACACGAUAAAGAAAUGUGGCUUGCUGAGAAAGAUCAGUAUGAAAAGAACGACAUUCAACGAAGAAUUCUCGUGAAGAAGCUCAAAAACCAGCUCAAGCUUUCCAUGGCUGUCACUGCCAUUGACAAGCAACAGUUGUCGACGAUAUUCAAAUCAAACGUUAGCAUUGCAGAGAGUAUCAAGUCGUUAAUGGAUGUCAUCAAAGAAGGAAACGAAAUUACUGAAGAAGAAAAACAGUUUAUGAAUCAAUCACAACCCACAAAGGAACAUAGUAUUGAAAAUGCUAAUCCAAGUCAAAAGCGAUAA